GGUUUCGGAAGGUGAACAGAGAGAGGAGGGGGCCCCAUCCCAUCAGUGUUCAUCUUCUCUCUCUAGAAAUCACCUUUCUCUCUCUAAAUUAUUCAGGAAAACCCCAAAAAGAAAAAAAGAAAAAAGAAAAAGUAAUUGAGAAAUGCAAAUUUCCCUUUAGCCCUUCAUCUUGUUUUUUGCUCCUCCCAUCGCCGCCUUACACACAUUAUCAUUUUCCUUCAUGCUCAAACCCUAACGCCCUCUUCUAUUUAUACACCCAUAUACAUACACUAUCUCUAGACAUACGUGUGUAUAAGUGCAGUCUGGUACUGGAUCUAGACAUUGACCAUCGGAAGAUCUUCUUCUAUCUGUCUUGAUCUUCAGAUUCGGUUCAGAAGCAGUGACUUUUUACAGAUCUGUUUUUGAGGGCUCUCCAGAAGUUCAAAUUUUGAAUGGUCAGGGACAAAGAUUUGCUGAAAUUGCUCUGAUUUGGUUUUUGGGAAAUGUCACUUCUGCCUAAGAGCGAUUCGAUUCAAAUCCGGGAGGUUUGGGCUGAUAACUUGGACGAAGAAUUCGCGCUGAUUCGUGAAAUUGUUGAUGAUUACCCUUACAUUGCGAUGGACACUGAGUUCCCUGGUGUCGUUCUCCGACCCGUGGGCAACUUCAAGAACUCCAGUGAUUUCCAUUACCAGACACUGAAAGACAAUGUUGAUUUGUUGAAGCUCAUCCAAUUGGGACUAACAUUUUCGGAUGAGAAGGGGAAUUUGCCUGAUUGCGGGACUGAUAAGUACUGCAUUUGGCAGUUUAAUUUCCGGGAAUUCAAUCCCAAUGAGGAUGUCUUUGCGAAUGAUUCCAUUGAAUUGUUGCGCCAGAGCGGCAUUGACUUUGCAAGGAAUAAUGAGAAGGGCAUUGAUUCCCGACGGUUUGCGGAGCUCUUGAUGUCGUCAGGGAUUGUUCUGAAUAAUAACGUGUAUUGGGUGACGUUCCAUAGCGGGUAUGAUUUUGGGUACUUGCUCAAGCUCUUGACUUGCCAGAACUUGCCCGAGACACAGGCGGGGUUCUUUACUUUGAUCAAUAUAUACUUUCCAGUUCUUUACGACAUCAAGCAUUUGAUGAAGUUUUCUAACAGCCUCCAUGGUGGGUUGAACAAGCUUGCUGAGCUGUUGGAGGUGGAGAGAGUUGGGGUUUGCCAUCAGGCGGGUUCAGAUAGUCUGCUCACUUCGUGCACCUUCAGGAAGCUGAAGGAAAACUUCUUUAGCGGUUCUCUAGAGAAGUACUCUGGUGUGUUGUAUGGUUUAGGUGUUGAGAGUGGACAGAGCUAAUAGGUGACAAAGGUUUCAAAAAAAAUAAAAAAAAAGAAAAAGAUGUGAAUUGUAAGAGUUUAUGAAACUAAGGUGUUGAGCACAGUUUGUUGAUGAUGCCACACUUUUGUACACUUUCCAUGUGUUGUAUUUGAUGAAAUUAAAUAUAUAUCCCGUUUUCUUCUUCA